UAGACCCACCAUAUCAUGGACACGCAAAGAUUCAGCAAUCAAUGCAAAGUACAAAAGUGUUCUCCAUGUCAGGGAGACACAGAAUUCUACUGUAACACAUGUAAAUAUGACUUUUGCCUUAAGUGUAAAGAGGAACAUGUUAUUGAUCUAGAUACAAUAUAUCAUGAUGUUGUGAUUUACCGUGGGAAAUUUGACUACAUUCCAAAUCAAGAGACCUGUAGGAGACAUCCAAACAGAAUCUAUGAAAUGUUCUGUCAAUCUUGUGAUCUUCCUGUCUGUUUCCAGUGUAAAGAACAUAGGAAGCACCAGACACUGGACAUUAGAACAGCAUAUAAAACAAAUCGUCACCAAUACAGAGGAAUCAUUCACAGCCUCAGAAGUGAGACUCUAUAUAAUAGCUGUUUUCUUCUGGCUGGAAUCAAAACUGAUAUAAAAACUUGUCACACAGACAUCUCCAAAUGUCAAUCAGAAAUGUCAACAAAAGCCCAGCGACUAAAGAUCCUCCUUGACACUGUUAUUUCUGAAAUUAAAUACAGACAGAAAAGUUUUUUGAUUCAUAGAUUACACCAACAGAUGAGAAAAAUGAACAGACACCUUACCACCGCAGAAAAUUAUGAACACAGAUCUGAACAGUUAGCAAACAGACCUGUAAAGUUCCUCUUAUUCUUAACGAAAACUCGUGUACCAAAGAUAAAGGACACACCUAAUAUUUCACAACAAGCCCUACUUUCCCUGACUGGAAGAUUCAACAUGGUGGGUUUGAUUAAAAUGCUGAGAGGAAUUCAAAUUAUAGAGACAGGAAAAAGACACGUAAGAAAUGAAUGUCUACUAAAACUGUUGUCUACACCCGUGAUUCUCAGAUCUGUCACUUUGACAGGUGUUAGCAAAAUAUUACACUUUUCCUUUGUGACUUCAGACCGGUUCUGGAUCUGCGAUGAAAGAAAUCUCAUCUUGACAAACACUGCAGGUGAUAUUCUUCAUCAUCUGACAGAUAGUGGUGGAUGGGGAGUACACACAGUGAACAUUAUCUGUGAUCUUAUUUAUAUAGACAGGGAUUAUAACAUUACCACACUAUCUAAAGACAACAGAACAAAGUCUACACUGAAAAAAUUUGCAGAUCCAUGGGAACCACACUGUGUCUUCUGUUCACCCUCCAAUGGGGAUCUACUGGUCGGGAUGUUCAAUACUAAUACAGAUACUGCUAAGGUUAACCGUUACAAUGACAAAGGACAACACAUACAAACAAUACAACACAACAACUCAGGGCAGGAACUGUAUAGUAGACCUAUCUUCAUCACAGAGAACCGCAAUGGAGAUGUCAUUGUAUGUGACUUAUGGGGUUACGCUGUAGUUGUGACAGAGUGUGGAGGAAGAUACCGCUUUUCAUACACAGGACCUCCAUCAAGAUCAGAACUAUAUCCACAAGGAAUGUGUACAGACGCAUUGUCACACAUCCUGGUGUGUGAUGGUAUCACCGAUACAGUUCAGAUGAUUAACAGGGACGGUCACUUCCUGUCACUGAUAGAGACACGACAACAAGGGAUAGACACACCAUGCGGCUUGAGUUAUGAUGACAAAACUCAUUCACUCUUCGUUGGAUCUCUUGACAAUAGCAGAGUGUGCGUAUACAGAUAUAUACAGAGGCAAUAUUGUCCAAAAGGUAUUUGUGAUACGCAGCACAGUUAAGGCUGCAAUAAGGAUGCGGGGCCUAAUUUUUACGGGAAAUACUUACUAUGACAUCACACAAAAAUACAUUUUCUUCAAAUUACCACAAAAUGAAAUGAUUCGCUAUUUCAAACUGUUGGAUAGCUUUAAACUACAUCAAUACGUACUAUUGCAUGUAUUUUUAUCGUUGGUUAAAUCCCACACAGCAAUAUAUGAACAAUUCACUGAUCGCAAUGCACUUGUCAAUGUGACGUCAUAUCGUAAAA